AUGGCAGUAUCUGAUAAAGACGGGCGGAUACCAGAGGAGUAUUGUCAAUAUAUACAAAAACGUCAUGAAAAUAAUACGAAUAGUUUUGAUGACUUUUUACGCUCUAACAAUAGUGUAUAUGCUGUGGGACCUGGUCAUAUGCAAUAUCUUGAAGAUACCAAUCCAGGAUUAAUAAGAGAUUAUAUAAUAUGUGUGAAUAAUAGUCAUGCAGAGUAUAACAAUUGUGACAUGAAGCGUAACGAAUGUCGUGAUAAGAAUCAGCCCUUUAAACAAUACUGUGAUAAUGCGAAAUCUCAAUGUGAUAGUAACCUACUCAAACCCUGUACAGAUGCUUAUAAUAGUUGUCUCCAGAGGAAAGAUAAUGGGCGUGAAUUAUGUAUAGAAGCUCUGAAUCAAUGUUGGCCUUACAAAUCCCAACGUGCACUAUGUAAGCAAGUCCAGCAUCACUGUGACGCUAAGAUAUUAUCUUCAUAUCCGGAAUGCGAGACUAAUAGAACAGUAUGUAAUACCAAUAUCGCUAAUGAUCAAACUUGCAAUGAUAAACUUCAGCACUGUAUGAAGCAGAAUGAACCUUUUCAACAACCUUGUGAUGAAGAGAAGAAGAAAUGCAAAACUAGAGUAGAUGAAAAAUGUUUAACGCCCUUGCGAGAACACUAUAAUCCAAAGGAAUUUAACAAUUUUUUAGCAAAUGGUUGUAAAGUUAUUAACCCCCCUAAUCUUCCUAAAGGUCCUACUACAACCAUAUCUACUCCUCACCAUACUCCACCACCUACUAAUAAGCUCAUCACAGAAUCUAAAAUUUCUGUUCCUAAUUCUAUAACAAUAACAUGUGGUAAUAAUGGAGAAAAUUGCCGAGUUUCCAAUUAUCCAUCUUUAAACAAUAAUGAAAAGACUAUAGUUACAUUACAAAAGAAAGGGCAGAGUAAUCAGAAAAUAGACUGCGAUUCAGGGAUUACUAAGUGGCUUGAUAAGGGACGUGUUCCUUUGAUAAAAAAUGGUAUAAGUCCCGAGCAAGUGCAGCAUUUAGAAUACACAAGAUGUACGCAAAGCAAAGACCAUCAGACAUUUCCCCCAGUACCUAGUACUGUAUCAUCCAAUAUUGAAUCUAUUACGGAUAUUCCCAAUAUUUUGAAUAGCCCAACUUACCGUGCCGUCUCUGAUUCUUUAACUGCUGACACAACCUUUGCUGCACAGAAUAGUACAGCAGUAUCAACAACUCCAGCAGUUUUAGCUACAACGACUAGUAUGCUUUUUACUACUAUAUUACCAAUAGUAGGUGUAGGGAUGUUGUUGCUAAUAAUAGUAUGUGUUUGUAGCUGUUAUAUAUAUAAAAGACACGAAAACAAUAAGAAAGCAAUUAAUCGUGAUAUAGAGAAGAAUAUUAAUCCAGAUGUAAAAAAGGCGCAGGAGAACAAAAUAAAAGUUACUACAAAGGACCAUAAACACCAUGAUAUUGUUCCCAAUAAAGUAAUAAAUGAAACACAAGAUAUAAACAAGAAGAAAUUAGAAAAAGAUGAUAAUAAUAGUGUGCCACUAUUACCAAAAGAAGCCACUCCUUCUCAUGAAAAAACGCAAAAAACACAAUUGUCACAGCUCUUACAAGACUAUCGAGAGAUCAACAACAAAGUAUCAAUACAAAAUUCUGUAGCAACGGGAUCGGAGAAAUUACCUGAAUCUAAUAGCUCCAAGUAAUGAUUCUGUAUCUGUUGGAUGCACCACUGCCGUUUUUAUCGGCUUAAAUUGCUUAGACCCUGCUAAUAAUUUUAUAAAAUUCUUAGAGGCUUUUUUAAAUUCAGGAGUAUUGUGUUGAUGGUUUAUUGACUGAGAGUGAGCCAAUUUUUUAGAUAUAAUAUUAUCUAAAAAUAUUUCAUUGGUAGGUUCUUCUUCCUGCAUCAUUCCCUCUUAUUAUGGUUCGCUUCUAAAUCUACAUUAAAUUAAUUAUCGCUGGUUUGCUUCCUUAACGUAUCUUUACUAAUUAUUAUAUCUUAUACCAAUUAUACCAUCUAGUACAAAUAGUUAAAUAAUAUUAUUGUUAGUUUUAAAUAUAAUUUAACUACCAAAAUCAUCCCUUUGGUUUUUUAAAGGUCCUCCUGAGCUACUGCUAUCUCUCCUACUAAUUCUAAUGAGGUAUCAUUAGUAUGGUAUACUACAUUAUCAUAGUCGUUGUCUUCCUCAGAGCUAUUAGAUUCAGGUAAUUUCUCCGAUCCCGUUGCUACAGAAUUUUGUAUUG